GCACACUACUUGCUGCGUCUCGAAUCACCCUUGGAAACCCGAACAAGCGCCAUCCGUGACACCAAAAAAUCACACUCCCAACGGCUGAACACACAGGCAAACUAUCCAUUACACGCUGUCCCCGGGCACCGCGUCUUAGAAUCAUGUGACUUGAGGUUCAAGCGAGCUUCAUCCACGCGCUGGCCCAGUGACUCCACAAAAUUACACAUGGCCGCCAGGCAAUGAGGUAAAAGAAUUGGUGAAUUGGCACAGGCCAAGGCUGUGUGGGGUCUACAAGGGAAAUCUCGACCGUCCCUGUCGUGUCCAGACCGGGAAAGUACGACUAGGUCGUGUUCCAGAAAAACGUUACGAGAGGGAUCUGCAG